UUUUGUUGUUGAGAACUAAGGAUCAAUGGCUUUCAAAGCGUUUGUUAUUUUAUAUGUCUUGUUAUAUUUUGGCUCAUUCCAUAAUGAAGCCAUAGUAAAGGGGAAUAAUCUCAAUGAUUUGAAUUCAGAAUUACCACCCAUCAAAGAUAUUUUGACUAAGCAUGGAGACACCUAUGAUUGCGUGGAUAUAUACAAGCAAGCAAGUUUUAAAAAUCCUUUGCUCUGGAACCAUACAAUUCAGAUGAGACCAAGCCAUCAUGUAAGAAAACUAAGAGCCAAAAUGCUAUCCAAGAAGCUGUCGCCUGGUCAUCGUUAUGCAAAGAUAAAGUUAGAUGAAGCUUGCCCAAAAGGGACUGUCCCUGUUCUGAGGGUCGCAGACAAAGACCAAUUGAAAAAUGUAUCAAACUUAAAUAAGUCUCGAUUUUUUCCGAACGAUGAUCAGUGGAAACAUGGUUUAGAAUUUGCAGGAAUAUUUGCGAAAACAACCCCAGACAAAAAGUAUAAAGGAGUCUCAGGCGUGAUGACUGUAUGGAAUCCAAAACACGUUGGACCUAACCAAUAUAGUUCAGUUGCAAUCUCAGCUGAAGUAGGAGAGGGACCUGACUACACUCGAAUACAAUUUGGGUGGACUGUGUUCCCAUUGCAGUUCCAGGACAGUUUCACUCAUUGGUUUUUUCAAGUAACCAACAUAACAAAUGUUCCAGGAUGUUUUGAUCUUAAUUGCCAAGGUUUUGUACAAAUAAAUACCCAAGUUCCAAUUGGCACUGCUAUACAUGAUGUCUCUGACUACGGUACCGACGAUCAAGUGUUUUUGCGUUUCAGCCUCCUCCAGGAUCCAAAGAAGGAAUCACCUUGGUGGCUGUUUUAUAAUGAAGAACCUACACCAAUUGGGUAUUUUUCAAACAAACUGUUUACUAAGUUAAGUGAUGGAGCAGACACAUUGAAAUGGGGAGGCUAUGUUUUCACUCAGCCAGGGGAUGAGACUAGCCCUCAAAUGGGUAGUGGAAAAUUUGAUAAUGGAAUAUAUCAACGAACUGCUAACAUGAUUAAUGUACGAUAUAUUGAUAACAAUUAUCAAUUAGUUAAUUCACCAAAUGAUAUUCAAACUGCGGAGUCUCGUUGUUACUUAGAAGGAGAUCAGUCAUACAAAAACAACAAAGUAGGUUAUACCUUUUGUUUUGGCGGAAAAGGUGGCACAGAGGAGAAAUGUAAUCUUUAGUUGAAAAUAAUUUCAAUUUUCAAGUAAUAUA